AUGGGUUCCAAAUUUAUGGACUACCUACGCGGCACACAAAAUAAGCCAGGCGAAAGAGCGCUGGUCCAGAAACUCGACUUCUUCAUCCUUACGUUCUGUUGCCUCAUGUACUUUCUGAACUAUCUGGAUCGUUCUAACCUGGCGAAUGCAUAUCUCUCUGGGAUGAAAGAAGAUCUGAAUUUCAAAGGCAACCAGUUUAAUCAAAUCAACACUGUCUUCACAGUUGGAUACACAAUUGGCCAAGUACCAUGCAAUGUUGCACUUUACUACAUCAAACCACGAAUCUUCUUCCCGUCCAUGAUGGUGAUCUGGGCGGGUCUGACCAUGGCGACCGCUGGUGUCCACAAUCCUGAAGGAAUCAUGGCAAUCCGGUUCUUUCAAGCCAUUGCAGAAUCCAGUACUUUCGUGGGCACGCACUAUAUCCUGGGCUCGUGGUACACAGAAAAAGAACUCGGCAAACGCAGCGGUAUCUUCACUGCCUCUGGCUUAGCUGGUACUAUGAUCGGCGGCUUCAUCCAAACCGGGUUGAAUUCAUCCAUGGACGGAUUGAACGGAUUAGCAGGAUGGCGGUGGCUCUUUAUUAUCGACGGCAUAAUAACCCUUCCAGUUGCCCUCUACGGCUUCUUCUUCUUCCCCGACACGCCCAGCACUACCACAGCCCCGUACUUCAACGCCGACGAAAAGGCCCUCGCCAUAUCCCGCGUCCCCGAAGUCGACGAUCGCACCCCCGUCUCCCUCUCCUUCCUCAAGCGCUGUUUCCGCUCCUGGUACUGGUACGGCUUCGUGAUGCUCUGGAUCAUAGCCGGGGAAACCGAAUCCUUCUCCUCCAACUCCCUCCUCGGCCUCUACAUGAAAGCCAACCCCACGCACAAAUACACCCGCGCGCAGCUCAACAACUACCCCACAGGCGUGCCCGCCGUCGGCAUCAUCUCAACCCUCUUCUGGGCCACCCUGACCGAUUUCUGGGGCGGGAAGCGCUACCUCGUCGGCUACUGGAUCGGGAUCACGGGCGUGGUGACGGCGGCUAUGAUCCUCGCGCCGGGGGCGAGCACCGCGGUGCAUUUCGGCGCGUACUACUGGGCGGGCUCCGUGUACGCGUGCCAGGCGACGUUCUUCGCGUGGGCGAACGACGUGCUGCGGUACGAAGAGGAUUCGCUGCGCGCGGUGGUGAUUGCGAGUAUGAACAUGGGCAGCAAUGCGGUUAAUGCGUGGUGGAGUAUUAUCUUUUAUUCGGCGGAUUUCGCGCCGCAGUUUACGAAGGGUAUGUGGGCGAUGAUUGCGACGUCGAUUGCGCUUGCGGUCUGGACGACGGGGAUGCUGUACAUGACGGUUCGCGAGGAGAGGAAGCGGGUGUUGACCCGUGAGGAAAGUAUACCAGAGAAAUCGGAGGUCAUAGAGGAGAAGGUCUGAAGAUGACUUAUCUUUUACACUAAACUGCGCUACAUCUCAUUUUACGUAGCCUUUCGGCGUCUAUCUCCACGUAAGAGUUUCCGCCGCAUUUGUGAGAACGUGGGUGAGCGAGGGGGUUUGUUAUGAUACCAAAAUCAGGUCCACUUCAACGCAUUCUCAGGAAUUUAAGCAGCAGAGAAGGCAUUCAUUACUUAAAGGUGGGGUAUGCUAGCGUGCCU